AUGAACCAUGAGAAGGAAUCCGCGUUGGUGUUCUCCAGCGGUUAUGUAGCCAAUGAGGCCGCCCUUUCUGCUGUGGGCAAAAUCAUGCCUGACUGCGUUAUGAUUUCCGACUCGGGGAAUCACUCCUCGAUGAUCGAAGGUAUCCGCCAUUCAGGUUGUGAGAAGACUAUAUUCAAGAACAACAACCUCGAACAGUUGGAAGCCAUUUUGAAGUCGUAUCCCCUCGAGAGGCCGAAGAUGAUCAUUUUUGAGUCUGUCUAUUCGAUGGCUGGCUCCAUUGCUCCUCUGGAAAAGAUCUGUGACCUUGCUGAAAAAUACAAUGCUCUCACUUUCUGUGAUGAGGUGCAUGCUGUUGGUAUGUACGGCGAGCAUGGCGCCGGAGUUGCUGAGCGUGAUGGUGUUGCUGAUCGCAUCGAUGUUAUCUCUGGGACUCUUGGGAAGGCUUAUGGCGUCUUCGGUGGUUAUGUCGCUGCCUCCAGAAACUUCAUCGACUGUGUUCGUUCCUACGCCGCUGGUUUCAUCUUCACUACUGCCAUUCCCCCCGUAGUCGCUGCUGGCGCUCUGGCAUCAGUUCGUUACUUACGCCACUCGGGUGUCGAGAGAGAGAUGCAGCAGUUACGUGCCAAACAGUUGAAGACUAAGCUACGCUCCAAGGGUCUUCCCGUGAUGAACAGCACUAGUCACAUUGUACCGGUGUUGGUCAGGGACCCAGUCAAGGUCAAGCGGGUCACUGACAAGCUUCUGGAAGAGUACAACAUAUAUCUACAGCCGAUCAACUACCCCACUGUGCCCAGGGGCACCGAACGUGUGAGGAUCACACCUUUGCCGUUGCACUCUGAAGAAGAUCUCGACAUGCUGGUUUCGGCCUUGGACAACAUCUGGGAUGACCUUGAGCUGCCUAGGAACAUUCCGGUCGAUGACGUUACUGAGUGA